CGACGGUGUGUAAGUUGAUGGGGGAAACAAACAAUAACUAGCUGUGAGCAGUCAAUUGUUCCUGCCCAGUUCUGCCAUGAAGAUGGCUCCUGUCAAGCGCAAGGGUAAUGCCCCGGAUGAGUCAGGUUCUCGACAGCCACAGAAAAGAGUCAAGGUGGCCGAUGAUGCACAGCGCAAGGAUAUCAACAGCGGGAAAAAGUCAAAGAAGCCGGCGGAGAAGUCGAAAUAUUCUUCAGCCCCGCUCUCGAAAGCACCAGCUGUUUCUGUUUUGCGAGACGAGGAACCCGCAUUCCCCCGUGGUGGUGCAAGUGUUUUAACGCCGCUUGAGCAGAAGCAAAUCCAGAUCCAGGCAACUCGUGACGUUCUGUUCGAGCAGAAGGGGGCGCCUUUCCAGGGCCAUGCGGACGAUGAGGAUGAGAAAGAAAAGAAAUCUAGCAAGGUAUCCGGGGGCAAGUGUAAGAAAGGGAAGACAAAAGCCAAAAGGAAUACAGUCUCUGAGGCUCCUGCCAAGGAGGGAGUUCGCAUUGAAGGACUCAACUUUAAGCGCAUUGUCAUAGGAUCUAAAGUCCUUGGCCAAGUUUCUAGCAUCAAUGCCCAUGAUAUUGGCUUGUCACUUCCAAAUAAUCUAACUGGCUAUAUUCCGAUCACCGCAGUCUCGAGAACACUCCAGCAGAAGAUCGAGAAUCUUCUUAAGAGCAACCAAGAAGAAAAUGACAAUUCCGACGAUGAUGAGGAAGAGGAGGAGGAUCUGGAUUUGAACUCAUACUUCAAAUUGGGCCAAUAUCUACGAGCAUCCGUUUUGUCAACUGAAACCGAGGUGAAUCAUGGUAAAACAAAAGGGAAAAAACACAUCAGGCUUUCAGUGGACCCUAGAGAGGCUAACUCGGGACUUUCGAAAUCCGACCUGGUCGUUAAUGCCACUGUACAAGCCUCCGUACUUAGUGUAGAGGACCAUGGAUUGGUUAUGGAUCUCGGCUUGCAGGACGGCCAAACAAAAGGGUUCAUGUCUUCGAAAGAAAUACCCCAUGACCUCGAGGUAUCGCAAAUAAAGGAAGGCUCUGUUUUCCUCUGUGUCGUCACCGGGCAUAAUGCGGACGGUAGCGUCGUGAAGCUAUCCGCUAACCUACCAACUGCUGGCUCCAUUAAAAAAUCACACUUUUUGACAUCCGCGCCCACAAUCAACUCCUUCCUCCCCGGAACAGCGGCGGAAAUCCUCUUGACAGAAGUUACUUCGACUGGUAUGGCUGGAAAGAUCAUGGGAAUGCUGAACGCCGUUGUUGAUUUAGUCCAGUCUGGAACUACUACGGGAAAAGAAGAUAUUACCACCAAGUAUCACGUUGGUGCGAAAAUUAAAGGUCGACUCAUUUGCACAUUCCCCACUGUCGAGCCUAUGAAACUCGGAUUUUCCAUCUUGGACCACGUGGUCAAGUUCACGCCAACAGUUCUUGAACAGAAGCCUAGUUCUGAGGAUACCCCAGCCAUAUCUGCCAUCAUACCUGAAGUAAAGGUCACUAAAGUUGAACCAGGUUUGGGCGUCUACGUUCAGUUCAACGACAAGCACUACGGAUUCGCUCAUAUUUCCAGGCUCUCAGAUAACAAGGUUGACAGCAUAUCUGCCACGCAGGGCCCAUACAAAGUCGAUUCUACCCACGAGGCAAGGAUAGUCGGUUUCAGCGCGCUGGAUAAUCUCUAUCUUCUGUCUUUGGAAAGGAAGGUUAUCGACCAGCCUUUCCUUCGUCUUGAAGACGUUACAGUUGGCGCAGUGGUCAGGGGGAAGAUCGAGAAACUCCUCAUUGGAACCGAUGGAAUUAGCGGACUUAUUGUUUCUCUCGCGGAUGGCAUUUCCGGGUUGGUUGCGGGAAUGCACAUGUCGGAUACUAAACUGCAGCACCCAGAGAAGAAAUUCCGUGAGGGAGCACAGGUUUCCGCUAGGAUCCUUUCCGUGAAUUUGGACAAACGCCAGUUACGACUUACCUUGAAGAAGUCGUUGUUAAACAGCGAAUCCCCCGCGUGGAAGGACUAUAAUGGUAUCCUUCCAGGGAACCAAUCACCGGGAACCAUCAUCAGCAUCCAGUCUCACGGAGCAAUUGUUCAGUUCUAUGGCGAAGUUCGAGGGUUUCUUCCGGUUUCAGAAAUGAGCGAAGCGUAUAUCAAGGAUCCCGCCCAGCAUUUCAAUGUGGGGCAAGUUGUGAAUGUGCAUGCGCUAAAUGUUGACGUAGAGUUGCGGAAGCUGGUAGUGUCCUGCAAGGACCCGUCGUCAUUCACAGAAGCUUACAAAAGUGCAUUUGAGAAUAUCCACCCUGGAGACAUUGUUUCAGGCACCGUCUUUGAAAAAUCUAGUGAAGAUAUCCUCUUGAAGCUGGAGGACACUGGACUGGUUGCUAGGUUAAAUGCUGAACACGUCGCCGAUGGUCAAACUUCGAGAAAUGGCGUCGCGCUUGCCCGGAUCAGAGUCGGGCAAAAGCUUAAUGAGCUUUUGAUCCUCAAUAUACAGAAGGCUCAUCGGCUUAUCAAGGUCACUAAUAAGCCAAGCCUGAAACAAGCUCGUCAAAGAGGAGAAUUACCUGCUAGGUUUGAGGAUCUUAAGGAAGGGGCAAAGGUGACUGGGUUCGUGAAGAACAUCACUGUAGAUGGUUUGUUUGUGGAAUUCCUGGGAGGCAUUACCGGAUUUGCCCCAAAACGUCUCGUGGACGAUGACCACGUAAAUAAACCCGACUUCGGAUAUUUCCUAUCGCAACCAAUAUCCUUAAGUGUAGAGUCUAUCGAAGAUGAUCGCCAAAGGUUUAUCCUUAGAAUGAAGGAGCAAGUGAACAAACAACGUGCGUCCGACGGUGUUAAGCCCGCCAACAACGUCAACCAAUCAUCCAUUAAUCCAAUCGACGAGAACAUCAAAUCUUUGGACGAUUUGACAUUCGGUAGAGUCACCAAGGCGAAGGUUGUCUCCGUCAAGGAAACGCAGAUAAAUGUGCAACUUGCGGAAAACAUUCAAGGCAGGAUUGACGUUUCCGAGGUUUUUGAUAGUUGGGACGCCAUCAAGGAUCGCAAACAGCCGUUGAAAUACUUCAAAGCUAAGCAGAUAAUUCCUGUACGGGUCCUUGGUAUCCAUGAUGCCCGCAGUCACAAGUUCUUGCCAAUUAGCCACCGGACUGGGAAGUACCCAGUUUUCGAACUUUCAGCAAAACCCAGCUCUCUCCAAUCGACGGACCUCGAACCUCUCAGUCUUGAUAAAGUCAAAAUUGGAUCUUCAUGGGUAGGCUUCGUCAACAAUAUCGGCGAUGAUUGUCUUUGGAUAAAUAUUUCUCCGAACGUCCGUGGAAGGCUGAGGUUCACAGACCUUUCAGACGAUUUGUCUCUUGUAGGUGAUAUCGCGAAAAACUUCCCCGUUGGGUCUGCACUCAAGAUUCAUGUCACCGGGGUCGACGCAGAUAAGAAUCGUCUUGACCUUUCUGCUAGACACGGAGGGUUGCCAAAUAGAAAAUCGAUAUCGGACUUCUCAAAGGGCGAAAUAUUACUCGGACAGGUCACUAGGGUUACCGAACGCCAAGCCCUUGUGCAGUUGAGCAACUCAACGGUUGGUGCUAUCAAUUUGAUAGACAUGGCCGAUGACUUCUCGAAAGUGAACCCUGCAGAUUUCCACAAAAACGAAGUUAUCCGUGUAUGCAUUAUUGACAUUGACGUCCCUAACAAGAAGAUAUUGCUUUCCGUUCGACCUUCCAGGGUCCUUAGCUCAUCGUUACCUAUUCAAGACCCGGAAAUAAACUCGAUUAGCCAGUUAAAGGUUAAUGACAUCGUUCGUGGAUUUGUCCGGAGAGUUGCCAAUAAUGGCCUUUUUGUUACGCUGGGUCACGAUGUUACAGCUUACAUUCGAAUCUCAGAUCUCUCAGAUUCAUAUCUUAAAGAGUGGCAGAAUGAGUUCCAGGUCGACCAGCUUGUGCGUGGCAGGAUAAUUUUGGCAGACGCUGAAUCAAAUAAACUUCAGAUGAGUCUCAAGGAAUCGGUCCUUGAGCCAAAUUACAAGACGCCAAUCACAAUCAAAGACCUGAAGCGUGGCCAGAUCGUCACUGGGAAAGUCCGCAAUGUCGAAGAAUUUGGCGCUUUCAUUGUGAUUGAUGGGACUGCGAAUCUUAGCGGGCUCUGCCAUCGAACGGAGAUGGCAGAGGGGAAAGUGGAGGAUGCAAGAAAGGUCUUUGAGAAGGGUGACAUUGUCAAGGCUAAGAUCAUCAAGAUCGACCUUAAUAAAGAGCGCAUUUCUUUAGGACUGAAGGCCUCGUAUUUCAAAGAUAGCGAUGACGAAUCGAAUGAUGAAAGUGCUGACGAUGUGAGCGAGGAAAAUAUGAGCGAAAGCGAGGACGAUGGUGGCAUGGAUCUUGAGCUUGAAUCUGGUGAUGACAUUUCAAUGGGAGGAGUCGAUAUGGAGGAUGCCAUGAGUGAUGCCAGUGAUGAGGAUGUGCAAAUGGCCGGAACCGAAGACCCAGCUGUCAAGGGAGGUCUAGUCACUUCGGGAUUUGACUGGAACGGAAACACCACUACUGGUGCUGGUGAGGGCAAUGAUUCCGGCUCAGAAUCCGAUGAUCAGACAGUUACGAAGAAGAAACGUCGGAAGCCGGAGAUUCAAGUUGAUAGGACGGGUGACCUUGAUGCCAAUGGCCCACAAUCUAUUGCAGAUUACGAGCGUCUCUUACUCGGUGAACCCGACUCGAGUUUGCUUUGGCUGAAAUAUAUGGCCUUCCAACUUGAACUCAGCGAGGUUGACAAGGCCCGAGAAAUCGCGGAACGAGCGCUUCGAUCAAUCAGCAUCGGCCAAGAUACGGAAAAAUUCAACAUUUGGGUUGCCAUGCUCAACUUGGAGAAUACGUUUGGAAACGAUGACACACUUGAAGAUGUUUUCAAGCGUGCUUGUCAAUACAACGACCCACAAGAGAUCCACGAACGGCUGACUAGCAUAUAUAUUCAAUCUGGAAAGAAUGAUAAAGCCGACGAGCUCUUCCAAGCAACUCUCAAGAAAAAAUUCACCCAAUCGCCAAACAUCUACCUCAACUUCGCUACCUUCCUCUUCGACACUCUUGCUGAACCUGAGCGGGCACGCGCACUCCUCCCGCGCGCCAUCCAGGCUCUCCCUGCCCACACUCACGUCGACAUCACGUCCAAAUUUGGCCAGCUGGAAUUCCGCUCUCCAAACGGAGACAUUGAACGUGGACGAACGAUAUUUGAAGGUCUCCUUUCUUCGUUCCCCAAGCGCGUUGACCUGUGGAAUGUGCUUCUUGACCUGGAAAUCAAGAGCGGUGAGGUGGAGCAGGUGAGGAGGCUAUUUGAAAGAGUUCUGGGUCUGGGUCAUGGCAUUGCGGCGGAUGGGACUAAGACUGUGUCGAAGAAGUUGAAGGAUAAGCAGGCCAAGUUCUUUUUCAAGAAGUGGCUCACAUUUGAGGAGAAGGCUGGUGAUGGGAAUGAGAAGAUGGUGGAUGAGGUUAAGGCCAGGGCUGCUGAGUAUGUGAAGGCUGUUAAGGAGGGAUAGGUUGGGGUUGGAUGGGCAUAUAGUGGUGAGAGUUGAUGAGUUGAACUUGAUCUUUUCUUUCUACAUUUGUCGCUUGUGAUACCUAUGUAUAUUCGGAUCUCAGGGGAUGGAGAUUCCAAUAGUAUUUUAAAAAAGUUAGCUCUGUUUUCGCAUUUCAAGGCGUUUCUUCUAUAUAGAAAAUCUUUCACGUGCAUAUAAAUAUGCAAUAUUACAACCCUGACUGUUCAAGGUUUUGCAAAAUCUGCCGCUGGCAAUGAAGCCAGCCAUGUUCUAAUCAAUAACAAUGUGGUUUGGCAUAGCCCAUUAAAUUUAACAAAUGACCACACAAUACCAGUGCGUGAAACAAAAAGGUAUUUCUAUCCUCUUCUCUUCUCUGCCAUGAUCCUCCUAUACUCAUCUACAAUACUCUGCCUCUGCUCUGCCAGCUCCUCCCUGGCCCGCAAACUCCCCGCUGCUGAAGGAACAUUGGCAACAUUGACCCUUGCACCACCCAUCCCUCUCACCUUGAACUUCUCCUUCGGCUUCGUCAACUGCUCAGGAGGCGCUUGCACAACCUCAAGUGGGUUAGCAGGUUGCAUAGCCUUCGCUUUGCGAUUAAGCUUAGCCCACGGAUCAUCGUCAUCGUCAUUGUCGGUGACGGCGUUAGCAUCACUGCCAUCGCCACCCGAUGCACCACUGCUUUUCCCACUCUUCUUUUUCUUCUUUUUCUUCUUAUUCUUAGAAGUCUUCGUUUUCUUCGUCAAUCCAGCUUCGGCCUCCCACGCCUUCCACUGCUCAUUGACCUCUUCCUCCUCCGCCUCCCUUUCUUCACGCUCAGCCUCUUCCCGCUCUCUAAUCCGCGCUUCCUCCUCCCUCCAUCCCCGCUGUAGCCGUAGAAGCCGCCUCUCGUGUUUCGUCUGUCUAUGUUCUCGCAGGUUCUUUAGCGCGGGAUCUUUGCUUAUGCUUGAUGAGCCCGAUUUCCUCGAGAUGCCGGAGAGGGGGAGGGCUUGGUUGACUCGCGCGGAGAAAUCGGCCAUGCGUUCGCCGGGGAGGAUUUUAGGGAUAGUCGAGAGUGGCGGGGGAGGAACUGGAGGCUGUGGUACAGAGUUGGAUUUUGUACUAUUGCCCACCCCCUUCGAUGUCAUCCCCGUUUCCUUGGCAAUACUCGAGCCGCCUUCCUGUUCUCCCCUUCUCCGCUUUUUGCUGGGCUUUGUUCCGUCAUCUUCUAUACUUGGUCGUGUGCGUGGACCCGUUCCAGAAGUAGCUUUUUGGAACUGGUUCAUCAUGCGCAGAAAGGCUUUGGGGGUGUCAUCCUUGAAGGCGUCCUGGGCGGACUUUUUCGACUUGCGUUUUUUGUUGUUGGAGGAUUCUUUGUUGUCUGCAUCUCUGGAUUUUGCUGGGAGAGGCUUUGCGAUUUUCGUCGGUGGAAGGUCGAAGUGCUCGCUAUGAGUAUUAAUCGCGCUUGAAUUAGACUGGAAGACUGCAUAGAAAUGGGGGGUAAUUCCCUGACUAGCUGGGGUACUUACGAGUCAUCCCUACGCCGCCGCUUGUGCUUGUGAGGCAUUGUUGUUUGGUGUCCUUCCUCUCUGCAAUAUAUAGCUGUCUCUACCUCGUUGAAGUUGAGAAGAAUCAUGUAUAAUUAUCGCAGAGAAAAAAACAUCGGCGUGGUAUUUUUGGUAAUUUAGAUACCAUCUUAGAUACGUGUAUUUUAUAAAUCGAUACAACUUUCCUGAUUGGGCAGUCUGUUUGGGUCUAAC